AUGCCAAGCCCUUUUGAUGCUGCUUCUCAUUCUGCUCCCGUCUCUGCCACGUUGUCGCCCACAGCCAUUGGAACUCUCUCUGUGGACGCCAAGAAGAGGAAGAAGAGGAGCGAAGACUCCACCGCUUUAUUCAGCUCCCAGAAGACCUCUGCAGCCGCUUGGUUUGGCUCAAAGUUUGAUAAAUAUUAUAGACCCUGCGCUGGUCCCUCCCACGCCCGCCACCACCACUACUGCCACCACCACGGCCACUAUGGUCGCCCCGGCUCCAACAAAACAUCCGUCUCCGGGUCCUCCAUGCUGCUCCACUGCCGCUCAUGGGGGCUCAGCUCCGGGCACACCCCAGGGCCCCUCUGUACCCCUCUCACCCCCAGCCCCUCCACAGGUGCCUGUCACAUCACACCCUCCACGACCCCUCUUUGCUCCCACAACACUGGUGGUGGGUGA